UCUUCGCUAGGGUUUGGUGGUGGACGAGCCAUGAAUGAAGAAGAAAACAAGGCUUUCUAUUCUCAAACUGCGUUUUACGGAGCUGGCCAAGCUCCAAUUCAAUCGCGUCUGGGACGAUUGAUCCGUCAUCCGAACGCACCCUUUUUGCUCCCUGUCCACAAUUUCUCUGAUGCUAAUAAUUGAGAGAAUCUGAAGCUGUUGACAGGAAGGGAUUUUGAACGGGAGGAUUUUGAACGAGAUUGGAGUGCAAUAUGGCCAAUGUAGGUAGCGGAGCAGUACCGCGCGGUGCAGUGGCGCAGCCUACGUCGCAGCAGGAUUAUUACAAGUCGUUGGUACCUUCCCAGCUGCUUGCUGAGCGUGGUGAAGAAAUAGUUGUAAUAAAUCCUGGCUCAGCAAAUGUUCGAAUCGGGCUUGCAUCUGCGAAGGCCCCUGUGAGUGUGCCACAUUGUAUAGCACACCUGUUGCGAGUCAGUGGGGAAGAUGCAGCUGAAUUGCCAAAAAAAGGAGCAGUUGGCGAGGGUUGGUUUGGGACAUCAGUGUUAUCAGCAGCAAGGGCGGAUGAAAGAGAAGAAGCUCUUGAGCUGGUGGUUUCACAGCUCAAGAUCAGGUCAUUUUACUCAGAAGUAAAGGGCCAGGCAGGUGGGGGGGAUUCGAACAGCUGCGAAUUUCUUUCAAAAGAGCGGGAUACAGGCUUUGAAUGGACCAAUGUAGAGGAUAUUAGCUCUACUGCACGUGUAACAUCAAGGGUCCAUCAAUCGUCAACUUCCAAGUCCAGACCUGACGAUCCAGACGACGUUAAGGACGGUGGAUUCAAGCCUGAAAGGUCUAAAACUUAUCGUAAGUAUAUCUGUGGGGAGGAAGCGCUAAAGAUUCCUGCAAGCAAGCCGUACACUCUAUAUCGGCCUAUGUGUCGGGGUCGCCUUAAUAUAUCUAGUAAAUACUCUAUGCAACAGGUUUGCGAUGACAUCUACAGAAUAUGGGAUUAUGUUCUAACAGAGAAGUGCCACAUUGGCUCCAAGAUGCGACCAAGGUUUUCGGCGGUUUUGGUUGUUCCUGAUACCCUUGACAACCGAGAGGUAAAAGAGUUGCUGUCAGUAGUUCUACGGGACCUCCAGUUCCACUCUGCAGUUGUAAUCCAGGAAUGUGUAGCGACUACUUUCGGCAAUGGAUUCUCAUCAGGGUGCAUCGUAAAUAUGGGUGCACAAGUUAUCACAGGCAUGUGUGUUGAGGAAGGGGUUGCGAUUCCAUCAACACGUUUUGUGCUGCCUUAUGGUGGAGAUGAUAUCACUAGGUGUUUAUUCUGGGUCCAACAGCGUAAGAAAACAUGGCCCAUCACUGGCACUGAUCUUUUGCGUGAUUCACUCGACUUUAAAACUCUUGAAAAGUUGAAGGAGACUCACUGCAUACUUAUGGAAGGUGAGCAGCAUACUACAGUUGAUGUGAAGUGCCGCAUGGCAGGCGAGCCUACUCGGGUGUACACUGUCUUACUGUCUUCUUUAAACGUUCCACCCAUGGGGUUAUUUUACCCUUCUCUUCUUGCUCUGGAACAGUUUUCUUCCCUUCCUCGACCUUGGUAUCACAUAGAUCACGAAGAUACUGCAGACGACACUUUUCUUGAAGCUGGCCGUCGUUUUGAAACAAAUGAGACGGGGCUAGCUAACGGGAGCCUUAAUGGGACCUCUAUAAAUCAGGAUUCUGAUCCAUAUGAUUUUGAAGAUAAGGAGAAGAAAGAGGUGGAGGAAGUUUCUAGUGGUCUUCCUCAAGCUAUUGUUAAGAGUAUUCUGUCGUUAGGACGUGUGGAUCUUCAGAAGAAGCUGUUCGCAAGUAUUCAGCUGGUUGGUGGCGUUGGGUUAACGAAAGGGCUGGUGGAUGCCGUUGAGGAAAGGGUUUUGCAUGCCAUACCAGUGGAUGAAGCUGUGGACACUGUGGAGGUACUUCCAAAUCGAAUGGCCCCAAUGGACACCAUGUGGAAAGGUGGUGCGGUUCUUGCCGUCUUGGACUUUGGACGUGACUCUUGGGUGCAGUACGAGGAUUGGUUAGAUGGGAUGGUUAUGGUUGGAAGUGGCCGAAAAUAUAGGGAUUCAAAUACCCUCCAGGCUCAAGCAUUCUGGUACAAUGCCAUGUUAGAUUGAAUAAAAUUUACGAUGAUGUGAUUGGGCUGGCCCCUUAUUUAGAGAUUUGUUCGAAAUUGCAGACAGUUGUAUAGUAUACACUCUUCUUAGAUAAAGUGCUCUACUGCGUGCUCGGUUAGCUUGAAAACUUUUGACCUUGCUAGUCCACAUUAUGACUAUGCUCUGCCGAAAAUUGUACUAAAACGUGAUCAUUCUGCCAACAUUAUGUUUUCCAGUCUUCUUUGAAGUCUUGAUCGUCUUGAGACUGAACAUACCCUGUGACCGACUUAGCGGUUGGUGCGGUAGAAAAAACGGUGCUAGUUAUUACGAUGUCUCUGGACAUGAGCAGUAAACUGAUCAUAUUACGCUAGUGGGGAUCUACAGUGUAGAUACAAGUAACGCUGAAAAUAUGAUAUAUUUAUCAGUAAAAUGACGAUUUCCCUCUCUGAUGAA